AUGAUUAUUCUGCACCACCUGAAUAACUCGCGCUCGCAGCGUGUGCUUUGGUUGCUCGAGGAGCUUGAGAUCCCGUACGAGAUCAAGCACUACAAGCGCCAGUCGAAUCACCUCGCGCCGAAGGAGCUCAAAGAGGUGCAUCCGCUCGGAAAGAGCCCGGUGAUUACUGAUACUGAGCGCAACAAAGUUGUUGCUGAGAGUGGCGUGAUCAUUGACUAUUUGAUCAAGCAUUACGGCAACGGUCGUGGCCUGCCGAAGCCGGGUGAGGAGGAGAACAACCAGUUCUGGGCCCAAUUCGCCGAGGCCAGUUUCAUGCCUCCCCUCGUCAUGAAAUAUGUCUUCAAGGUCAUCCCGACCCAGGCGCCGUUCUUCGUGCGCCCGAUCGUCAACAUGAUUUCGAGCAAGACGCAGCAGUCGUUCACCGAUCCGGAUAUCAAGACCAAGAUCAACUUUGUUGCUGCUGAGCUUGAAAAGCGCGGCAGCAACGGACAAGCCUGGUUUGCGGGUGGAGACAGUGCUGGCGGACCUACGGCGGCCGACUUCCAGAUGAUCUUCCCUCUCGAGACUGCAACGGCCUCCCGCUUGGACCCGUCGCUUGUCCCGCAGUCGCUGCAUCAAUGGGUCAAAAGCGUCCACGACCGCCCGGCCUACCGUCGUGCCCUCGAAAAGGGCGGCCCGUACGACUACGCAAAGCUCUAA